AUGGUAGCAGCCAGCAGAGUCCUCCAAGGCGCACGCAGACUGCCUCUCACCACAAAGCAAGGCCACAACUACUACAAGGGUACAGGCACAGGAUCUACGGGGAGACAUACAAAGCACGGCGCAUAUAUCACUGAAUGGGAGAAAGUACGCACCUACCCUCGACCGGCGCUGCUCGACUCCUGUACUUUGAAGCCCUUUGUGAGUAGACAGGUGGCCAAGGCGAGAGCGAGCCUAGAGCCGGGCACGACGCACAUGACGGGAUCGAGAUAUCUCGAAGCUUGGAAGCUGGACAAUGCAGGCGAGCAGAAAUCAUGA